GCAUUCAGUCGGACGGUUGAUAUAUAGAUAUUGAUAGAUCAUUAAAAGACGAGACAGAGAUUUAAACCACGUCAAUAUUUAAUAUGUAACCGAAUUAUUUGUGAUAUCGGGAGCUUGAAUUAAAUUCUGCGCAAAAGACAGAGGGGUACUACACAGCACCAGAACACCUCGUUGACAUUGAAGUCGUGAAAAUUGUUUCAGAGUCUCAUUCAACUUUGUUUUAAAAAAUGGAAAAUGGGACCCUGUCGUCCGUUAAAUUCAGUGGGUGCAAAUGUAGGAAAACGGCUUCUUUUGACUUUAAACUUAAGAAGAGAGGCAAAAAAUUCAACGUCUACAAGGGGCGGAUGCAUUCAUGUUGUGCCGACAUUCAGUAUGCAGCUGUAAAAGCGAGGGCGAACGAGAAAGGAAGUAGUUCGGACCUUGUUGACUACGUGAUAGCUUUAGAGGCUGCAAUAAAUAUAGCCCUCAGGUUUUCAAAAUGUUUCAAAAACAUUUUAACGGUUCAGUUUCCGGAACUACACCUAGCAGUAAUGGACAAUGUUAGUGUCUUCAACAAACUCUUCUCCAAGGGUUCCCGCGCACUGUCAAGCGAGGAAUAUGUUUUGUUUGAGCCUUAUAUCAAAGAUCUGAAAUAUUUCGUUACAGCAGAGGGUAUUGUUACAGACACGUGCCCUGUGGUGAUUGAAGAACUCUGUCAUUUUUCCUACCACGAAUCCAACGGCACCAACGUUCUACGUGGAUUGAGAGGGGCUUGGGAAAAGAACGGAAAAAGCUUCCGCCUCGCUUCACCGUCCACAAAGUAUUUUGUCGAAAAAUGCACCGAAUCUGAAAUUCCUUGUGCCAUUAACAAUUUCUUUCAAACCCAUAGAUGCACUGCUGUUUGUGAAAAAUGGCUGGUUCCGAAUCAAAAGCAAGGUGCGCCAGCAGCGACGGACAUUUCCACAUCCGGGGCUUGUGGUCCGGUAAUGGAACUGCCCCCGUCCUACAGUUAUAUCGUGGAAUCUCACUGACACAUUAUGUAAUUUAUGCAUGCUUUUUAAAAUCUUAGUUGAAAUAUUGGUCGUCGUAAUUUACUUUUUUGCUUGAUCUCAAUAAAUGUUGAAAAUAA